AUGGCUUUCCGUCCACAGAGGAUUGCACGGCAUUUCUGUCGCACAAAAACCCCACGGCCUUUAUCACGACCAACCUCGUUAUCAAACACAAGUCAAGAUGCAUGCCUCUUCUGCCGAUAUCGCCAGCCAGCGCGAGGACUAACAACCCUCCCAACACGUGGACCUCUCAUAGCCCGGACAUCCAAGAUACAGCACCGCUCUGCCUCAACAGAGACUCCCACCCCAGCAGAACCAAGCAAAAACACCCUUGCCGGCGCGCCAGACAUAACCAACCACUACACGAUCUUCCCUCAAACGCUACCAGCAGGCCCGCCACCAGCCUCGGCGUUCGCAAUUCCAACCAGCGAACUCCGCCGCGAAUUCCUCCAACUACAAGGCCUCGUUCACCCGGACAAGUACCCCAACGGAGCGGAGAAGCAGCUUGCCGAGGGCCUCUCGGCACGGAUCAAUGAAGCAUACCGGACACUCCUGGACCCGCUGCAGCGGGCACAGUACAUUCUACGGGAAUGGCACGGGAUCGACGUGACGGCGGAAGAUGCGUCGACUAAGCAUGCGCUUGAUGCGGAGACGCUGAUGGAGGUUAUGGAGGUGCAGGAGACUAUUGAGGAGGUCGGAGGGUCUGCUGAUGCGGAGGCGCAGAUCAAUACACUUAAGAAGGAGAAUGAGGCGAGGGUUCUUGAGUGUGUGGGGAGACUUGGGGAGGCGUUUGAGAAAGGGGAUUUGGAGGCUGCGAGGAAGGAGUGUAUUCGAUUGCGGUUUUGGUAUAGUGUUGGGGAAGGGUUGAGGGAGUGGGAACCGGGGAACACGGAGAUUCGGUUGAUGCAUACUAGUUGA